AUGCGCUCUCUCAUCAUCUCCUCUGCCCUCUUGGUCAUCUUGGCACAAUGUGGAUAUCCGGUGGCUGAGAAUAGCUAUCCAACAACUCCAGGAUACCCAACUCCACCACCAUCCUACCAAACCCCGAAGAAGUAUCCAGUUGCUCCAACUUACCCGACCAAACCAUCCUACCCAUCCCCACCAGUGGAUUAUGCUCAAAAGCCAUCGUACUCCGCUCCACCACCACCACCAUCUCCAUCUGGGUACAUUUCCAGUGACAACGAUGUCGCUUCGGAUUCCGAGUACACCACCUACGCCCCAACUUCCGAAUACCGAAAACGCGCCAAAGCCCGUACCGCUCAAAACCGAAAGUUCCAGCGUCGCGCCCUUCAACCAAUCCGAAGAUUCCAGCAAAAGAAACAAUAA